AUGACACGUAAGUUAUUUUUGUUAUUUUUAUUGGUUUUUAGGUAAGAUAUUGAAGAAAAAUGGAAGUAUAUGGGCUUUAAUGAUUUUUAUCGAAUUAGUAAGGGUUUCCUUGUGGUGAAAAUAUUGGAAUUUUGAUUAAACUUUUUAUGGAGAAGCACAUACAACUGAUUAUUUUGUUAUAGAUCGUUCUGAUCGUCGUCUCGACGGGUAUUCUCGCGAGACAACUGGUGUUGUUCUCGAUCAUGCCUCUUCAAACCCUCGUGAUCCUUUUGUGCAUUGUGUAAUGUGUACAGAACGCAAAUUGUACCACAUGCCGUACUCGGUUUACGAUAACUACAUUCAAACCAUGAACAAGAACAAAAAGAAUGACAUAUUGAGAAUGUACGAGGAGGCACUCGAGUUCGGCCACAAUAUAAAGUUUAUGUAUGAAGUCAAGGACAAUAUACGAGUGAUUCAGAGCUUCGAGAAAGGCGGUGAGAUUUUUAUCGCGGAUUGUAAGGACAAGAUCAACUAUUUUUCGUCGUUAUCAGUUUUCAGUCCGCAUUUGGACAUGGUUUACAGCGAACGGUUCGGCAACGUUCCGAUUACUGAUUUGGUAGGUUUUUCUGAUAUGGAUAACUUGAAAAGCUUCGUAUUUAAAUACUCAAAGCAUUAAAACUCUCUGUUAUUUAAUAAAAUAUAUUAUACUCAUUAUUCCAGCGAAAGUUGGAAAUUUUACCAUCGCCAAACGUCGAGAUUUUGUGUUCGUAUAGGUUUAAAUUGGUGGAAAAGAACGGACAGUUGGAUGAUACGGAAGAUGUUGAGUUUGAAUUGGCCGAAAUUGCGGAUAAUCAAGAGGAUAUUGAUCUGGGGCAUUUGGCUUUGAAUGCGGUAAGUGUUUUUGUUUUUAUUUGGUUUUUAGGUAACAAUUUAUUGAUAGAAAGUAGAAAUACUUAUGUUUUUGAAAGAAUUGUUUAAAGGGUUUUCUUGGUAAAAUACUUAAGCUUUGUUAUUUAGGUAACACUUUUAAAAAAUCCAUUUUCAGGACUGGAACAAAGACAAAAUGUUAUCAAACGCACCAAAACUAAACUACGGGUAUGGUGAUGAUUCCACGGACGAAGAGCCAGAAUAUGAGAAUAAACACGAUGAAACUUACAAGAAGAUAAACGACUGUGUAGGCAUAGUAACUGGAUUGAACACAAUUUAUAUUCCAGCACUGCCUUGUGAUCCAGUUUUGUUCACAACAUAUAAACGGUUUCCAAACACUUACAUUGGAUGUAGGGUAACAUGUAAUGUAGUAUGGUCGGAUGUGUGCCAUGCCUACUUUGCUGUGCGGCCGAAGAUUAGUACUGGCACAAUGUUUGAUACCGUGAUUUAUCAGCGGCCAAUAAUUGGUUGUUUUAGUUAUGUAAGUGGUAGGUUGAUUAAGAGAAAACGUACUAGUGGUAAGGUGAGUUGUUGAAAAAGUGUCAUUUGUUUUGGUAAAAUAAUUUUAAAACUUUUUUUGAGGUUAUAUUGUAGUAGGUCUUUUGAAGCUUUAUGGGAGAAUAAUAAAUGUUUGGAAAAAAAAUUUUUUUUUCAGUUUGAAACCUUUGUCCGAACCGGCGAAGAGCUCAAAAACGGUUUCUAUGAUCAUCCCUUCUUUGGCCUCAUCUAUGAUCCACAAAACAUCCUAGACCUGCAUGCUCAAAAAUACCAACCAUCUCGAGGCCGUCUCGUCUACAAAGUGAUUAUCAACGACUUUUUUGGACUGGAAAACGAAAUGCGGAGUGCAAGAUCAAUGGGAAGGAUCACUAGAUUUGAUAUUGUCAAGUUUGUCGGGGAUGAUCAAGUUUCGGACGAGAUUCAGAAGACUAAAAAGUUGUCACCGAAGUAUAAGGUAGGGAUUAUGUAGUCAGGACUAAGAACGUUUUUAAUAAUGUCUUUUAGAGUUUUAAAAGGAUUUUGAUUUUUUAAAACUGAAAUAUCAAAAAGUUGUUUUACUAUACAGAGGAGUUUCAGAAGUUCUUCGGAACACUGAUAAAUGAAAAGACAGGCCGAUUUUAUUCGAAUUUGCAUCCAACAUGUGCCUUUCAUGUACUCAAUACACAUGGACAUGCGUAAGCUGAAAAACUUUUUUUUGUCUUUUUAUACUUUUGUGUCGGGGAGGGUAAAGCAGCAAGGUGGGGGAGGGGGAGAGGUAGGUGAAAUACACAUGAAGGCAGGGACGUCGUUUGGGGGCGGCAGGGGGGGCGGGCCGCCCCCCCCCCUCCAGAGCCGAUCCGAAAAAAAUUCCACAGGUAGGUACCUGUACGCGGAAAAACAAAAAAAAAGUUUUUUUGAAAAAAUCGGUCCACAGGUAGCUGCUAUCUGUGGACCAAAAAAAAUUUUUCGACCUCCCCCCCCCCAGAGAAAAACCGUAGCGGCGUCCCUGCAUGAAGGGAUGCCCACUAGGCCCGGCCUAGGCCGAAGCGUAUUUGAAAGGGACGGGUUCAAUUGUAUUGGUAAGGGGAUAGACCUAAGUGGUCCCACUAGGCCCAUCUUGAGCCGUCACGUUUGUGCUCACCAAGGCCCCAACGAGACACAACUUAGGUGAAUUAAUGAUUUGACUCACAGUGGGGCCGACGCAAAUUUGAAAGGGUUCAAGUUGGCAAACCUUGGCCUAAAGGUCGGUGUCUAAACUAAGAUUUCGGACGUGUGCUGAGUCGAGAAAUUGGGUCCGAACUUUUUACAGGUCUAGGGUAAACUGUCCUUCUGUUUUCUCUGUCCUUUUCUCUUUUAGUGGCCUUUAUUAUAUGGUAAUAAAAAAUCAAAUUUCAGGACAGGGUCGUACUUGGAAAUAGAAGUUACGCAGCGAACGAAGCAAGAUGUCAUAAUUAAACCCUACUUUGAAAUCCAUCCCGAGGAUUACAAAUAUCAUGGACUGAACCAAGAUGUUACCUAUCGACAGGAUGAGAAGAAGUUUGUUUUCAAGGCCAUGUAUGUGAAACGGCAUCGGUGCUUCAAAAGCGACUUCUUUGGAUAUGUUCCAAUCACACAUGGCACGCGGUAAGGGAGUGGUUUUUAAUUUUUUUUUGGGGGGGGGGGGCUUCUUUUUGGGUAAAAAAAUUUUUUUUCAAAAUUAUUAAAUCUAUUUUUCUUUCUUCAGCGACUUCAACUUCGAUGAUCUGCAUACCUACACAAUUAAAGCGGAAGAAAAUACAAAUGCCAAUGCUCAAACUGUUCUGUGCAACGCUGAGGUGCUCAACCUUGAUGAUUAUUAA